UUACACAGUUUUCAUUCAUUCACUCAUUCAUUUGCUGCUGAAAGAUAUUCUUGUCUCUCUGAAGAAAGAGAGAGAUAGUGAGAGUGAGAGUUAGAGUCAGAACGCGUUCCAAGAAACAAGAGAGACAGGGUGAGUGAAUUCGAAUUCAGAGCCAUGGGUAGAAUUAAUUCAAAAUCAUGCAUCACUUUGCUCUUGUUGGUAACAUUCUUAGCAGUCACAAUUUCACCUCAACAAGUUAACGCCGCUAGAGCAUUCUUCGUUUUUGGUGAUUCACUUGUCGAUAACGGGAAUAACAACUAUCUUCUAACAAGUGCUCGUGCCGAUUCACCGCCGUAUGGUAUUGAUUAUCCAACUGGUCAGCCAACCGGACGUUUCUCUAAUGGCCUUAACAUGCCAGAUCUUAUCAGCGAGCGACUUGGUGCUGAAUCUACAUUACCAUAUUUAAGCCCGCAGUUGGAAGGAGAAGCUCUACUUGUUGGUGCCAAUUUUGCUUCAGCUGGGGUGGGAAUCCUCAACGAUACCGGAGUUCAAUUUAUCAACAUAAUCCUAAUGACAAGACAAUUGCAGUACUUUGAGCAAUAUCAAGAAAGAGUAAGCGCAUUAAUUGGAGAAGAUGAAACCCGGCAACUAGUAAACUCAGCUCUUGUACUCAUGACCCUUGGUGGAAAUGAUUUCGUUAACAAUUACUUCUUAGUUCCAUUCUCAGCGAGAUCUCGACAAUUCUCUCUCGAAGAUUACGUUCCUUUCCUCAUUGUCGAGUACAGGAAAAUUCUAUCUAGGCUGUAUGAUUUGGGAGCAAGACGGGUACUUGUGACAGGAACUGGUCCAUUGGGUUGUGUUCCAGCAGAGAUAGGACAAAGACAACCUGCAACCGGACAAUGUGACCCACAACUACAAAAGGCAUCAGGGUUAUUCAACCCUGCCUUAGAGCAGAUGUUGAAUGAACUCAACAGCGAAGCUGGUGAUCACGUCUUUAUUAGUGCCAAUGCUUUCGAAAUGCACAACGAUUUCAUCAGUAAUCCACAAGCUUAUGGGUUUGUUACCUCCAAGAUUGCUUGUUGUGGACAAGGGCCGUAUAAUGGAAUAGGGCUUUGCACAGCCGCAUCAAACCUUUGCCCUGACAGAGACGUAUAUGCCUUUUGGGAUGCUUUCCAUCCAAGUGAGCGAGCAAACAGACUCAUUGUUGACAGGUUCAUGCUUGGAGAUGAGAAAUACAUGAAGCCAAUGAAUCUCAGUACUAUUUUGGCUUUGGAUUCAAGGGUCUAAUUUAUCCGUUAUUUCGUCAAAAAAAUGCAGCAGAAGAAACACAUCUGCUCAUCUAUUCAUAUCGGAAUUACCCUUUAAUCAUAUUUAUUAAUUAUUUAUUAUUCAUCUAAUUGUCUGUCAGCAGCAAAUGCAGUAAUUGAUAUAUGGUGGUUUUGAUAAGAAUUUAGAGUGUUAAAUGGCAGAGGUUAACACGGAUGUUUAUUCUGUAUCGAUCUUUGUAGGGUGUUUUUGAUAAAUAUAUAUAUGCAAGGUUAUAUUUGAAA